GCAAGAUGGCUUCCUCCAGCGGAAACGCGGCCGGCGUGCCAACACGAACUUUUUACGGUCGGUCUGCAAAAUCAGGAGAUUGCUCUGCACGGGACAUUCUCAAUCGCAUCUGUGCUGGUGAUGACUGCAGUGAUAUCGACCUUUCUGAAGACAGUGACGAGGAGUAUUUGACUUCGGAACAACCUCCACCAGAUCCCGAAGAAAAGUCGUCAGACGAUGAGGGUGAAGAGAGCAUGUCAGGCGGGGCGUGCGCUUCAUCAACAGUGGAUUGCGGGCAAUGGAAAAAAGAGCUACUUAGCGGCAAUCCAGGUUUAUUGUCGGAGGAGUUUUCCGAACCCGGUGACCUUGAUACACCCUUGGGGUUCUUCAGAAAAUUCGUCACUGUAGAUAUGAUGGAUUCUCUUACUGAGCAAACAAACAUCUACAGCACUCAGAAAAUGGGGGAGUGUGUGGCCACAACCAGGGCUGAACUGGAACAAUUUUUGGGAAUAUACUUGCAGAUGGGUUUGGUUCAGAUGCCAAGUGUACGGUGCUACUGGGAAAACGGUACACGAUACGCCCCGAUCUGUGAUGUCAUGUCGAGGAAUAGGUUUAAGAGGCUAAUGCAGUCCAUUCAUUUUGUCAACAAUUGCGACGUUGCCCAGGAAGACAAGAAUGACAAGGUAUGGAAACUCCGUCCCUGGAUUUCAAGCUUGCAAUGCAACUUUGCACAGGUCGAACAAGAGGAGCUGAAUUCUGUUGAUGAGAUUAUGGUAGCUUUCACGGGAAGAAGCAAUCUAAAGCAGUACCUCCCCAACAAACCAACCCCUUGGGGCUUCAAACUUUGGGGACGUGCCGGAACAACGGGGAUCCUAUACCAAUUUGAGGUGUACCAGGGACAAAGUAAAAAGAAGUAUGAACACGGUCUUGGAGGCGGCACAGUCUUACAGAUGUGUUCACUUAUUCCAGAAAACAAAAACUUCAAAGUUGCAGCGGACAACUUUUUCAGCAGCAUUGACUUGGCGGCUGAGCUGCAAAAGAAAGGCAUUUAUUACGUAGGAACAUUGCGUCAAAACCGACUGCAAGACUGCAAACUCAUGACCGAGAAGGAGCUCAGAAAAGAAGGCAGAGGUUCUUUCGACUACCGUGUCAACACUGCAAGGUCCAUCGCCAUUGUGAGAUGGUAUGACAGUCGCACUGUUUCACUCGUGUCUAACUACUUGUCUGUCGAACCUGUUGAAACCGUGAGGCGAUGGGACAGAAAAGAGAAAAAAACAUAUCGAGAUCUCUCGCCCUCACAUCGUUGGAGCAUACAACAGCUUUAUGGGCGGAAUCAAUCUUCAUAAUUAUCUGGUUUCUUUGUACAAGUACUGCAUCAAGUCACGAAGGUGGUACUUGUACAUCUUCUACCACACAGUCAUGAUCGCGGUAGUGAAUGCGUGGAAUUUGCACAGACGGCACUCUAAGCAACUUCACAUGAAGCCGGUGAAGCUUCGCGUGUUCAUUGCUGACGUGGCGGACAGUCUGUUGAAGGCAGAGAAGAAUGUGAGAGGGAGACCAUCAUCUCUACCAUGCCCCACACCCAAACGAAGGAAACGCGCAGGCGCAAGCAGAACUCCGGAGUUUGAUGUCCGCAAGGAUGGUGUAGGUCACUUUCCUUUGGUGUCUGAGAAGAGGCAGCGAUGCAAGAACUGCUCACCUCAUGACAAGUUCAGUUUCGUUGCAUGCUGCUAGUGUAAUGUCUAUCUGUGCCUCAACAAAGAACGCAACUGCUUUUACGAUUUUCAUAGUGUUCACCUACUGCCCAGUGUAUCAUAUUUGAUACAUUGGGUAUUUUUAAAAUCUGAA